CUCCCACGGGUUUGGUCAUGUGCCAAGGACAAAGUUAAGCUCCCAACAUCACUCUUAAUGAAGAGGAGAAGAGGAAGAGUGGGGGCGGCAGAACAUAAGGCAGCAUGAACGACGGAAAGCUGAGAAAAGAGCGAUGGAGCGCGGUGGAGAUCGGACUCUCCGUGCUGCUUUUGGCAGUCAGCUGUGCGUUAGCGGGACUCAGCGCCAUUUACGUGGCCACAGUGAAAGGUCAAUUUGGCAGUGCAAGAGUGCUGAGGAGUGUAGAGUCCUCAGAGGGAUGUCAGAGCUACAGAAAUGUCUGUACCACCCCUUCCUGUGUUACUUCGGCUGCACGACUUCUUCAAAACAUGGACCAAGGUGUGGAGCCGUGCCAGAACUUUUAUAGAUACGCUUGUGGCGGCUGGUUGGACCGUCACGUGGUCCCAGAGACCAGCUCUCGCUACAGUGUCUUUGACAUCCUCAGAGAUGAACUGGAAACCAUACUUAAAGGUGUUUUGGAGGUAGAAAGUGAGCUGGAUCGUGAGGCUUUUCAAAAGGCAAAGGUUCUGUAUACGUCCUGCAUGAAUGAGAGUUUAAUUGAGAAGCGAGGUUCUCGGCCUUUGCUGGCCCUCAUUGAUUAUGUUGGGGGCUGGCCUGUUGCCUCCGACGACUGGAAUGCUACAGCAGACUAUGAGUGGAGUCUGGAGGACACAUUGGCUAUGUUCAUCUCCCAUUUCCACAAAAGGGUACUGUUUGACCUGUUUGUGUGGACGGAUGAUCGGGAUUCAAACCAGCAUGUCCUCUAUAUUGAUCAACCAGGACAAGGGUUACCAACUCGAGAUUACUAUUUCAGCGAGGAAGGGGAAUAUAAAAUGGUGCGUGAGGCAUACCUUCAGUUCAUGAUAUCGGUCAUGCAGAUGACACGUGAGGCCAGAAACUUGACAAGUGAUGAGGCCAGGGUUCGAAAGGAUGCAUUGCAAGUGAUGCAGCUGGAGACGGACAUUGCAAAUGUGACCAGCCCAGCUCAGGAGAGACAGGAUGUUACUCUUCUCUAUAACAAGAUGACGCUACUUGAUUUACACAGAACAUUCCCUCUAAAUGGGUUCAACUGGACACGUUUUGUGCUUGGUGUCCUGGCAGAAGUGUUCAUAAAAGUUCAGCCUGAUGAGGAGGUUGUGGUGUACUGCACACCAUACUUGCAGAGGCUUGGUGAGGUGCUUGCCAGAUACAGCAACAGGACUUUGAGGAACUAUCUAACCUGGCACCUCAUCACAGACAAAGUCAGCAGCCUGAGCCGUCGCUUUAAGGAUGCCAGGGCACAGUAUAGAAAAGCCUUGUACAGAAACACAUUAGUGGAUGCACGUUGGAGAGACUGUGUUCGCUACGUCCAGAACUCUAUGGAGAAUGCUGUCGGAGCUCUGUAUGUCCAGCAGACAUUUGCAGGGGAAAGCAAACGCAUGGUCCGUGAGCUCAUCAGUAGAAUUCAGGAGGCUUUCGUAGAGACGCUGGAAGAGCUGAACUGGAUGGAUGAUAAGUCCAAGCGUAUGGCGAGAGAUAAGGCCAUGGCUAUAAAAGAUCAGAUUGGUUACCCUGAUUUUAUUCUGGAGGAGGAGAAUGACAGACUUGAUCUGGAAUAUAAACAUCUUAACUUCAGCAAGGAUGCAUACUUUGAGAACAUGUUGAAAAAUGUACGUGCAGCUGCUCAGAAGAGCCUGAGGAAACUGAGGGAACCAGUAGACACAGAUUUUUGGAUGAUUGGAGCAGCAGUGGUGAACGCCUUCUACUCACCCAACAGAAACCAGAUUGUGUUUCCUGCUGGGAUUCUACAGCCUCCCUUCUACAGCAAGGAUCAGCUGCAGGCCCUCAACUUCGGAGGGAUCGGGAUGGUUAUUGGUCAUGAAAUCACUCAUGGUUUUGAUGAUAAUGGACGGAAGUUUGACAAAGAUGGAAACAUGCUGAAUUGGUGGAGUAAUUUCUCUGCUGAACACUUCAGGGCCCAGUCACAGUGUAUGGUGCAGCAGUAUGGGAAUUUUUCGUGGGACCUUGCAGGGGGGCAGAAUGUGUGCGGCAUCAGUACGUUGGGAGAAAAUAUUGCAGAUAAUGGAGGAGUACGCCAGGCAUACAAGGCCUAUAAGAAAUGGCGUGAAGCAGAGGGAGAGGAGCCCUACUUACCUGGUCUGGAUCUGAACAAUGAGCAACUCUUCUUCCUGAACUUUGCACAGGUUUGGUGUGGCACGUAUCGGCCAGAGUAUGCCAGCCAGUCCAUCAGGACAGAUUCCCACAGCCCCCUGAACUACAGAGUCCUGGGAUCCUUGCAGAACUUUGAUGCCUUUUCUGAAGCUUUUCACUGCAAACCAGGUAGUCCAAUGAAUCCACAUGUGAAGUGUCGAGUAUGGUAGGCUUUUCUGAUAGUCAUCAGUAGGAACACAGUAUUAGAUGCUGGCCUGUUUGAUUUAUUUUUUAUUGUUGGUGUGGCUAUAGCACAAGACAAACAAAACUUAUUUUAAUUUAUUAAUUUAAAUAUGUAUUUUUUUAUGCUACGAAGUGGUUUCCUUUAUUUAACCCCUAAACUUCAAUAGGGGGAAUCUCCAUUGUACCUGUUUUAUUAAAAAAAAAGACCUGCAACACUUACAUACCGCAGUUAUAA